AUGAGUCCCAUUAAAACUUGGAAUGGGGUUGAAGAAACUGAGGCACCUAGAAGUAAGUGUCAGGUUGAGGAUGGGAAUCAGGACUUUGAAUACCUAGCUAGAUCUUGGAUGUCCACAACUAGGAAAGUUGAAUUGCAGGGUUUGCUCUUUUCUGGUGAUAUUUGGACAACCUUGGACAAGCCAGGUUCAAGACCGACUCCGCUCCGCUCGGCCGCUGCCUUGCACUCUGCUGGGCGGUGCCACCGGGGCUCACUCCGCCCCCAGCCGGCCGGGGCGGGGACGCUGUCCCCCGGGAAACGGGACGCGCUAGUUGUCCCGGGCCGUCGCCUCGGUUCGCCGGGCUCGCACUGCGCGCAGUCCCGCGGUCGCCAAGUCGCCAUAGGUGGGGGACAAGGGUCACCGCUCGCAGCGAUCGCGGAGGUCGGGCGCCCCCCGGCUGCGCUGAGGUCGUGCGUCCUCGCCCCCUCGGGGCUGCGCAGAGGCGCGCGAGGAGCCGGUCGGCCCUGCGUCCCCUCGACUUUCCGGAUGGCAGCCCCGGCCCUUCGCCUAACCCCGGGGGCCGGCCUGGAGGCGGCGAGCGCGAUGGAGCUGGAGGAGGAGGAGGACCAGGAGGAGGCGGCGGCCAGAAGAGCGCGGACUUUCGCCCGAGACGCGCGGGUGCGCUUCCUCGGCGGCCGCCUGGGGCAGUUGCUGGGGCUCCCGGAGGAGAGAUGGAGCCAGCAUUUGGAGAGCGAGGACAACCGGCGGGUCCUGGGGGAGUUUCUGGAGAGCACCAGCCCCACCUGCCUGGUCUUCGGCGUCGCCGCGGCGGGGCGGCUCGCGGCCUCGCGGGAGAUUCCAAGAGAUGCAAAACAUAAACUUGUUUAUAUUGCCAAGAAGAUUACUGGAAGCCCUGGAGUAAAUGAUUUCUCACAAAUGGUUUUCUUUGGAGAGUUACCUGCAUCAUUUCUUGGACAUUUAACUGCUUUCCUAGAUGAGAUUUUAGUGCCAAUUCUCUCUAAUAAGAACAACCACAAAUCCUGGUCUUCUUUUACUUCACAAGAUAUGGAACGUCACAUAGAAGUCAUGAAAAAUAAAAUGCAUAUUUUUAAGGGCAAAAUGUCUAGAAGAACUCUUCUACCAAUUCCUACUAUUGCAGGUAACAACAAUAUUCCUUUAACAAAUGAAAGGACGAUACUCCAUGCAAUUGAAUCUGUGGUUAUUAAAUGGUCACAUCAAAUCCAAGAAAUUGUAGAAAAAGAUUCCGUGCAGACUUUGCUGAAUGGUCUUCACUUGAAUCCUCAGGCUGAGCUAGAUUUCUGGACAAUGAGGAGAGAGAAUCUAUCAUGCACUUAUGAUCAACUUCAGGCUCCUAUUGUCCUCAAAAUGGUUCAGAUCCUGAAAACUAAACAAAGCAGCUAUUUUCCCACUUUGAAGGGCAUUUUCAUGGCUGUGGAAAAUGCUCUCCUUGAAGCCCAAGAUGUGGAACUUUACCUGAAACCGCUGAGGAGACACAUUCAGUGUCUCCAGGAGACGGAAUUCCCACAGACCCGCAUGUUAAUUGCACCCUUAUUUCAUACCAUCUGUCUGAUCUGGAGUCACUCCAAGUUUUACAAUACCCCUGCUCGGGUUAUAGUUUUGAUGCAAGAGUUUUGUAAUCUCUUCAUUGACCAGGCAAUAACUUACCUUUCACCUGAGGACCUUUUGAAGGGAGAAGUUGAGGACUCACUGGAAAAGGUGCAGGUGGCCAUUAACAUCUUCAAGACUUUCAAAAAUUCUUUUUUCAACUACAGAAAAAGAUUGGCAAGCUAUUUCACAGGAAGUAAGGAGCUGAGACUGUGGGAUUUCCAGUCUCAUCUGGUGUUCUGCAGAUUUGACAAGUUUCUUGAUCAUUUAAUGAAAAUAGAGGAUAUAUUUGUCACCAUGUUGGAAUUUGAAAAGCUGGAAAGACUGGAAUUUGGCGGUACCAAGGGAUCAAUUUUAAAUGAACAAAUCCAUGAGAUGAAUGAAGAAUUUAUGGAACUCUGUAAAGUUUUUAAGCAGAGCACUUAUGACCCAUCUGACUGCAAUGACAUGGAAUUUGAAAGGGAUUAUGUUGCAUUUAAGUCCAAAACAUUGGAUUUUGACAGACGGCUUGGGACAAUUCUUUGUGAAGCUUUCUUUAACUGCAAUGGUUUAGAAGCAGCAUUUAAGCUUUUGACCGUAUUUGGGAAUUUUCUAGAGAAACCAGUUGUCAUGGAAAUUUUCAGCCCACAUUACAGCACACUAGUGCAUAUGUUUAAUACAGAGUUGGAUAUGUGUAAGCAAUUGUAUAAUGAACACAUGAAACAGAUUGAACAUGGACAUGCAGUUCUUAACAAGAAUAUGCCAUUUACUGCAGGAAAUAUCAAAUGGGCCAAAGAGGUCCUUGAACGACUGCAGAUGUUUUGGUCAAACUUUGCAUCUCUCCAUUCUCUAUUCUUGGACAACCCUGAUGAUGCCUUAGUUUAUCAGAAAUUUAUUGAAAUGACCACUUUGCUAGACCAAUUUGAAAAUCGUGUCUAUAAUGAGUGGAAAAGUAAUGUGGAUGAAAUCUGUGAGUUCAAUUUGAAUCAACCCUUAGUUAAAUUCAGUGCCAUAAAUGGUCUUCUCAGUGUCAACUUUGACCCAAAGCUUGUAGCUGUGUUGCGAGAAGUAAAAUACCUUUUGAUGUUGAAGAAACCAGACAUACCAGAUUCAGCCUUAGCCAUCUUCCAAAAAAGAAACACUAUCUUAAAGUACAUUGGAAAUCUUGAAAUUCUUGUGCAAGGUUAUAAUAAGCUGAAACAGACUCUUCUGGAAGUUGAAUACCCUCUGAUUGAAGAUGAGCUGAGGGCUCUUGAUGAGCAGCUGGAAGCCGCUGCAACGUGGCUCACCUGGCAGGACGACUGCUGGGGGUACAUCGAGAGGGUGAAAAUGGCCACCUCUGAGCUGGAGCACAGAGUUGAGCAUACACAGAACAACGUGGAAGUGAUCCAGCAGACCAUGAGGGCUUGGGCAGACUGUACGCUCUUCCCCAGGAGAGAGCACAGAAGAGAUGCUGCCUUUACUUUGGAGGACAAUGGUGAUUUGUUUGCUAAAAAAUACAAGUUAAUCCAAGAAGAUGGCUGCAAAAUCCACAACUUGGUGGAGGAAAACAGGAAGCUCUUCAAAGCUAAUCCUUCUCUGGAUACCUGGAAAAUUUACGUAGAAUUCAUUGAUGACAUCGUGGUGGAAGGCUUUUUUCAGGCUAUUAUGCAUGACUUAGAUUUCUUUCUGAGGAAUACAGAGAAACAAUUGAAACCUGCACCAUUUUUUCAAGCUCAAAUGAUGUUAAUGCCCCCUGAGAUUGUAUUUAAGCCUUCUUUAGAAAGAGAGGCUGGGGAUGGCUUCUAUGAUCUGCUAGAAGAAAUGUUAUGCAGUAGUUUUAGAAUGUCUGCCCAGGUGAAGCGAGUAGCAGCACAUCUGGAAAUAGCAAAUUAUCAGAGUGAUAUGGACAACAUGUUAGGCCUGGCGGAGGUCAGGCAGGAGAUAAUGAACAGAGUGGCGGCCGUCAUCAACAAAGUCUUCGAUUUCAGAAACACCCUGGAGACCUACGCUUACCUCUGGGUGGAUGACCGAGCUGAGUUUAUGAAGCAUUUUCUCCUGUAUGGCCAUACUCUGUCAUCUGAGGAGAUGGAUGCUCAUGCAGACGAAGAAAUUCCUGAACAGCCGCCAACUCUUGAACAAUUCAAAGAACAGAUCGACAUUUAUGAGGCUUUGUAUGUUCAGAUGAGCAAGUUUGAUGACUUCAGAGUGUUUGAUAGUUGGUUCAAGGUGGACAUGAAGCCUUUCAAAGUGAGCUUGCUGCACAUUAUUAAGAAAUGGAGCUGGAUGUUUCAGGAGCAUCUUUUGAGAUUUGUCAUCAACAGUUUGAAUGAACUACAAGAAUUUAUAAAGGAGACAGACACAGGACUUCAGAGAGAAUUAAGUGAAGGCAAUCACGAUGGUUUAGUUGACAUCAUGGGGCAUCUUCUUGCUGUAAGAAGCCGACAGAGAGCUACUGAUGAACUCUUUGACCCUCUAAAAGAAACCAUCACACUCUUGGAAAACUAUGGGCAGAAGAUGCCUGAGCAAGUCUAUGUUCAGCUGGAGGAAUUACCUGAAAAAUGGGAAACUACCAAAAAGAUCACAGCAACUGUCAGACAUCAAGUUUCACCUCUCCAAAAUGCAGAAGUCACUCUAAUAAGGAAAAAAUGUAUUUUGUUUGAGGGAAAGCAGGCAGAGUUCAGAGAGAGAUUCAGAUGCUCUGCCCCUCUGGGAUUUAAUGCAGAAAAUCCAUACACAGUGCUUGAUAAGACAAAUCAAGAGCUUGAGGCAUUAGAAGAAGAAAUGUUGCAGAUGCAAGAAUCUGCUCGUCUUUUUGAAGUGGCUCUACCAGAGUACAAGCAGAUGAAGCAGUGUCGCAAAGAAAUAAAACUACUCAAGGGACUCUGGGAUGUCGUUAUUUAUGUUAGAGGAAGCAUUGGUAAUUGGACUAAAACCCAGUGGAGACAGAUUAAUGUGCAACAGAUGGAUGUAGAGCUCAGAAGGUUUGCCAAGGAAAUCUGGUUACUAGACAAGGAAGUCCGUGUCUGGGAUGCUUACGCAGGCCUGGAAGGCACAGUAAAGGACAUGGCAGCCUCCCUGAGAGCCAUCACAGAGUUACAGAGCCCUGCCCUCAGGGACAGGCAUUGGCACCAGCUGAUGAAGGCCAUUGGGACCAAGUUUUCAAUAAGUGAAGCCACAACGUUGGCAGAUUUGUUGGCACUGCAGUUACACAGAGUGGAAGACGAUGUCCGCAACAUAGUGAACAAAGCAGUGAAAGAACUGGGGACUGAGAAGGUUAUUACUGAAAUCAGUCAGACCUGGGCUACCAUGGAGUUUUCUUAUGAAGUUUACUAUCGAACAGGCAUUCCAUUACUGAAGUCAGAUGAACAACUUUUUGAAGCUCUUGAGCACAGCCAAGUUCAGUUGCAGACUCUUCUUCAAAACAAGUAUGUGGAAUAUUUCAUUGAACAAGUACUAAGCUGGCAAAAUAAAUUAAACAUAGCAGACUCAGUCAUCUUUACUUGGAUGGAAGUCCAGCGAGCUUGGUCUCACCUGGAAAGUAUUUUUGUUUGUUCAGAAGAUGUUCGAAUCCAGCUUGUGAAGGAUGCUAGAAGAUUCGAUGGAGUCAAUGCCGAAUUUAAGGAGUUAAUGUUCAAGACAGCCAAAAUAAAAAAUGUUUUAGAAGCAACAUGCAGACCUAAUCUCUAUGAAAAACUUAAAGAUUUACAGUUUAGGCUUUCUCUUUGUGAAAAAGCUCUUGCUGGAUACCUGGAAACCAAGCGUGUAGCGUUUCCUCGCUUCUACUUCAUCUCUUCUGCUGACUUACUUGACAUUCUCUCGAAGGGAGCUCAGCCUAAACAGGUAACACGUCAUCUUGCCAAGCUCUUCGACAGCAUUGCAGAUCUGCAAUUUGAAGACAGUCAGGAUGUUUGUGCACACAGAGCAGUUGGAAUGUACAGCAAAGAAAAGGAAUAUGUCCCAUUCCGAGCUGAGUGUGAAUGCAUAGGCCAUGUGGAGUCAUGGCUUCUGCAGCUUGAACGGACCAUGCAAGAGACAGUGCGUCAUUCUAUCACAGAAGCCAUAGUGGCCUAUGAGGAAAAAUCUAGGGAACAGUGGAUUUUUGAUUUCCCGGCUCAAGUUGCACUAACCAGCUCACAGAUAUGGUGGACUACAGAUGUAGGAAUAGCCUUCAGUAGACUGGAGGAAGGCUAUGAAACGGCUCUAAAGGACUUCCAUAAAAAACAGGUUUCUCAGUUGAAUACACUGAUUACACUUUUGCUGGGAGAACUUCCACCUGGAAACAGGCAGAAGAUCAUGACAAUUUGUACCAUUGAUGUCCACGCCAGAGAUGUGGUGGCAAAACUCAUUUCUCAGAAGGUUGUUAGUCCCCAAGCUUUUGCUUGGCUCUCUCAACUUCGUCACCAGUGGGAGGACACCCAGAAACACUGCUUUGUUAAUAUUUGCGAUGCCCAGUUCCAGUACUUCUACGAAUACUUAGGAAACAGUCCUCGACUGGUGAUCACACCUCUAACUGACAGGUGUUAUAUCACUUUAACUCAAUCACUGCAUCUAACCAUGAGCGGGGCUCCAGCUGGCCCAGCUGGUACAGGGAAAACAGAAACCACCAAAGACCUUGGACGCGCCCUUGGCAUGAUGGUUUUUGUAUUCAAUUGUUCAGAGCAAAUGGACUACAAAUCCAUAGGAAAUAUCUAUAAGGGAUUGGUGCAGACAGGAGCUUGGGGCUGCUUUGACGAGUUCAAUCGAAUUGCUGUGGAAGUUCUGUCGGUGGUGGCAGUACAAGUGAAGAUGAUUCACGAUGCCAUCAGAAACAAGAGAAAGAGAUUUGUAUUUCUUGGGGAAGCUAUCACACUGAAGCCAUCGGUUGGAAUAUUUAUUACUAUGAACCCAGGAUAUGCUGGUCGGACUGAAUUACCGGAAAAUCUCAAAGCUCUUUUCAGACCCUGUGCCAUGGUGGCCCCUGAUGUUGAGCUAAUCUGUGAAAUUAUGUUAGUUGCUGAAGGUUUUGUGGAUGCACGCUCAUUAGCCCGAAAGUUCAUUACCUUGUACACACUCUGCAAGGAGCUCCUCUCCAAGCAGGAUCAUUAUGAUUGGGGACUUCGUGCUAUUAAAUCUGUCUUGGUUAUAGCUGGCUCCCUGAAACGAGGAGAUAAAAAUAGACCGGAAGAUCAGGAUAUUUUGAGGACUGGCAUUUCUUAUGUUACAAGAAUGUUUCUUGGCCUGGUUGGUGACCUGUUUCCAGCACUGGAUGUGCCCCGGAAGAGGAAGCCACAGUUUGAACAGAUUGUCAGGCAGUCUACCCUGGAGCUCCAUUUGCAGCCUGAAGAGAGCUUCAUCCUCAAAGUAAAAGGAGCAUUUAUUUUUCAUGGCAGCCCUUCUUCCUCCCCUCAGAUUUUGAGAACCCUGCACCAAACAUAUGUUAACAUGAAACAGAAACCCGUUUGGAAUGACUUAAACCCUAAAGCAGUGACAACAGAUGAACUCUUUGGUUUCAUACAUCAUGCUACCCGAGAAUGGAAAGAUGGUCUCUUCUCAUCCAUUCUGCGAGAACAAGCAAAUCUUCUGCAUGAUGGACCGAAAUGGAUAGUCCUGGAUGGUGAUAUUGACCCCAUGUGGAUCGAAUCACUAAACACUGUCAUGGACGACAACAAGGUGCUGACCCUGGCCAGCAAUGAGCGUGUAGCUCUCAGUCCCUCCAUGAGGCUUCUGUUUGAGAUACAUCACUUAAGGACAGCAACCCCAGCGACUGUUUCCAGAGCUGGGAUUCUAUAUGUGAACCCACAAGAUUUGGGCUGGAAUCCGUAUGUGGCCAGUUGGAUAGACAGAAGGCGGCAUCAAUCAGAAAAGGCCAAUUUAACUAUUCUUUUUGAUAAAUACGUUCCUGCAUGCUUGGAGAAGCUGAGAACAAGCUUUAAAACCAUCACUUCAAUUCCAGAGAGUAGCCUGGUGCAGACUAUUUGUGCUCUUUUGGAGUGUUUGCUGACUCCUGAAAAUGUACCUUCUGACAGUCCAAAAGAAGUUUAUGAAGUCUAUUUUGUCUUUGCUUGUAUCUGGGCAUUUGGAGGCACCCUGGUACAAGAUCAGCUUUCUGAUUAUCAGGCCAACUUCAGUCGGUGGUGGCAUAAAGAGAUGAAAGCGGUGAAGUUUCCAUCCCAAGGAACAAUCUUUGAUUACUAUCUGGACCACAAAACUAAGAAAUUCUCACCUUGGGCUGACAAAAUUCCCCAGUUUACUAUGGAUCCAGAUGUACCUUUGCAGACAGUUCUGGUUCACACAUCAGAGACAACUCGGCUUAGAUAUUUCACUGAGCUUUUGCUUGAGAAAGGAAAACCACUAAUGCUAGUAGGAAAUGCAGGAGUGGGAAAAACAGUCUUCGUAGGUGACAUGCUGGCAAGUCUCUCUGAGGAUUACAUAGUAUCCCUUGUGCCUUUCAACUACUACACAACGUCCGCAGCUCUACAAAAAAUUCUUGAGAAACCUCUAGAGAAAAAAGCUGGUCGUAACCAUGGUCCUGGAGGAAAUAAAAAAUUGGUUUAUUUUAUUGAUGACAUGAAUGUGCCUGAAGUGGACUUAUAUGGGACUGUUCAGCCUCACACUCUGAUUCGACAGCAUAUUGAUUAUGGACACUGGUAUGAUAGGCAGAAGAUGAUGCUUAAAGAAAUCCACAAUUGCCAGUAUGUGGCCUGUAUGAACCCAAUGGUGGGCAGUUUCACAAUCAACCCCAGGCUACAGAGACAUUUCACAGUAUUUGCAUUCAACUUUCCAUCCUUGGAGGCACUAAACACCAUUUAUGGCCAAAUCUUUAGUUUCCAUUUCCAGCAGCAAGCAUUUCAUCCGUCAGUUCUCAGGAGUGGCCCCACUUUGAUCCAGGCAACAAUAGCAUUCCAUCAGAUGAUGAUGCAUAACUUUUUACCCACGGCUAUUAAAUUUCACUACAUCUUCAAUCUGAGAGACCUAUCAAACAUCUUCCAGGGGAUUUUAUUUGCUUCUCCUGAAUGUUUAAAAGAUUCAAAUGAUUUAAUACGCCUGUGGCUUCAUGAAUCUUCUCGUGUUUAUGCAGACAAACUGAUAGACACAAAAGAUUAUGAUUUGUUUCAGAAAAAAAUGCUGGAAACUGCUCAUAAGUAUUUUGAAGGUAUAGACAGUCAUGUGCUGCUUCAACAGCCCCUCAUUUAUUGCCACUUUGCUAAUGGGGGAGAAGACCCACGUUACAUGCCAGUGAAGGACUGGGAAGUGCUGAAGACGAUUCUUACAGAAACUUUAGACAACUACAAUGAACUAAAUGCUGCCAUGCACUUAGUUUUAUUUGAAGAUGCCAUGCAGCAUGUGUGUCGCAUUAGCCGAAUCUUACGAAGCCCUCAGGGUCAUGCCCUCUUGAUUGGAGUGGGGGGCAGUGGCAAGCGGAGUUUGUCUAGGCUGGCAGCAUUCAUCUGCGGCCUGCAGGUCUUCCACAUGACUCUGACUGAAGGCUAUGGAGUCCAGGAACUUCGGGUAGAUCUUGCCAAUUUGUAUCUCAGGACUGGAGCCAAGAUCAUGCCCACUGUGUUCCUGCUGACAGAUGCCCAGGUUCUAGAUGAGAGCUUCCUCGUGCUGAUUAAUGACUUGCUGGCAUCAGGAGAAAUCCCAGAUCUGUUCAGUGAGGAAGAUGUAGACAAGAUAAUUUCUGGAAUUCGUAAUGAACUUCGUGGUCUGGGCUUGGUGGACUCCAGAGAAAAUUGUUGGAAAUUCUUUCUGGCCAGGGUGCGACUACAGCUCAAAAUCAUUUUGUGUUUCUCUCCGGUUGGUCCCACGCUGAGAGUUAGAGCUCGGAAGUUCCCAGCCAUAGUUAACUGCACGGCCAUUGACUGGUUUCAUGCGUGGCCACAGGAGGCUCUGGUCUCAGUCAGCAGGAGGUUCAUUGAGGAAACCAAGGGGAUUGAGCCACUGCACAAAGAUUCUGUCAGCCUUUUCAUGGCACAUGUCCACACCACAGUAAAUGAAAUGAGUGCCAGGUAUUACCAGAAUGAGAGAAGACACAACUAUACCACUCCAAAGAGUUUUCUAGAACAAAUAUCACUUUUUAAGAACCUGUUGAAGAAGAAGCACAAAGAGGUAUCCCAGAAGAAAGAGCACUUGGUGAAUGGCAUUCAGAAGCUAAAAACCACAGCCUCUCAGGUGGGAGAUCUAAAAGCCAGACUUGCAUCUCAAGAAGCCGAGUUACAACUGAGGAAUGAAGAUGCUGAAGCUCUGAUCACAAAGAUCAGGCUUCAGACAGAGAAAGUGAGCCAGGAAAAGGCCAUCGCGGACUCCGAGGAGCGAAAGGUCGGGCUAAUUCCACCAUUUAGAGUCAACCUCACUGAACUGAAAGCCUUUCCCAACCCUCCCAUUGCGGUUACCAAUGUCACUGCGGCCGUGAUGGUCCUCCUGGCUCCACGGGGCAGAGUGCCAAGAGACCGAAGCUGGAAAGCGGCUAAAGUCUUCAUGGGAAAGGUUGAUGAUUUUUUGCAGGCUUUAAUUAACUAUGACAAAGAGCACAUUCCAGAGAACUGUCUAAAAGUGGUCAAUGAACAGUAUUUGAAAGACCCAGAGUUCAAUCCAAAUCUGAUUCAGACCAAAUCUUUUGCAGCAGCUGGUCUCUGUGCCUGGGUCAUCAACAUCAUUAAAUUCUAUGAGGUCUACUGUGAUGUGGAGCCAAAACGCCAAGCAUUAACCCAAGCAAACUUAGAACUGGCUGCAGCUACUGAAAAACUAGAGGCUAUCAGGAAAAAGCUUGUGGAUCUGGAUCGAAAUCUGAGCAGACUCACAGCUUCAUUUGAAAAAGCAAUAGCCGAGAAAGUCCGAUGUCAAGAAGAGGUGAACCAAACAAACAAAACUAUUAAACUAGCCAACAGACUUGUCAAGGAACUUGAGUCAGAGAAGAUCCGCUGGGGUCAGUCUGUUAAGUCCUUUGAAGCCCAAGAGAAGACGCUUUGUGGAGAUGUUCUCCUUACAGCAGCGUUUGUGUCUUAUGUCGGAUCCUUCACAAAACAGUAUCGCCAGGAACUGGUGGACUGCAAGUGGGUUCCUUUUCUUCAUAAUUCCAAAGUUUCCAUUCCAAUAACUGAAGGCCUGGACUUGAUUUCCAUGUUGACGGAUGAUGCUACAAUUGCUGCCUGGAAUAACGAAGGUCUGCCCAGUGACAGAAUGUCAACUGAAAACGCUGCUAUCCUAACCCACUGUGAGCGCUGGCCCCUGAUGAUAGAUCCCCAGCAACAGGGAAUUAAGUGGAUCAAGAAUAAGUAUGGAACGGACCUGAAAGUCACACAUUUGGGCCAGAAAGGGUUUCUGAGUGUCAUUGAAAUUGCUUUGGCUUUUGGCGAUGUCAUCUUAAUUGAAAACCUUGAGGAAAUGAUAGAUCCAGUCCUUGAUCCACUGCUUGGCAGGAACACGAUUAAAAAAGGAAAGUAUAUCAGGAUUGGAGAUAAAGACUGUGAAUUUAACAACAACUUCCGCCUUAUUCUUCACACAAAACUGGCAAAUCCUCACUAUAAGCCGGAAUUGCAAGCUCAGACAACCCUCCUCAAUUUCACGGUCACAGAAGAUGGCCUAGAAGCCCAGCUGCUGGCAGAGGUUGUCAGUGUAGAAAGGCCAGAUUUGGAGAAACUUAAGUUGGCUUUGACAAAGCACCAAAAUGAUUUUAAGAUAGAGUUGAAAUAUCUGGAGGACGACCUCCUUCUGCGCCUUUCUGCGGCAGAGGGAAGUUUUCUAGAUGACACCAAACUGGUAGAGAAAUUGGAGGCAACAAAGACUACCGCGGCCGAGAUAGAACACAAGGUGAUUGAAGCCAAAGAAAAUGAAAGUAGAAUCAAUGACGCUCGAGAAUGUUACAGACCAGUGGCAGCAAGAGCAUCUCUUCUUUAUUUUGUUAUUAAUGACCUCAGAAAAAUCAACCCCAUCUAUCAAUUCUCUCUGAAGGCUUUCAACAUGCUGUUCCACAGAGCCAUCGAGCAGGCUGACAAGGUGGAGGACACGCACGGGCGCAUCUCUGUCCUGAUGGAGAGCAUCACCCACACCAUCUUCCUGUACACCACCCAGGCGCUGUUUGAAAAGGACAAGCUUAUCUUCCUAUCCCAGAUGGCUUUUCAGAUUUUGUUGAGAAAGAAAGAGCUAGACCCCCUCGAAUUGGAUUUCCUGCUUCGAUUCACAGUUGAACACACAUAUGUGAGUCCCGUCGACUUCCUGACUACCCAGUCAUGGAGUGCUAUUAAGGCAGUAGCCCUUAUGGAAGAAUUUCGAGGCAUAGACCGAGAUGUAGAAGGAUCUGCCAAGCAGUGGAGGAAGUGGGUGGAAUCCGAAUGUCCAGAAAAGGAAAAGUUACCACAAGAAUGGAAGAAGAAAAGUUUAAUACAGAAGCUGAUUAUUCUGAGAGCAGUGCGCCCUGACAGAAUGACAUAUGCUCUCAGAAAUUUCGUGGAGGAAAAACUGGGUGCAAAGUAUGUAGAGAGGACCAGAUUGGACUUGGUGAAAGCAUUUGAAGAAAGCAGCCCAGACACCCCGGUAUUCUUCAUCCUGUCUCCAGGGGUAGAUGCCCUGAAAGACCUAGAGGUCCUUGGCAAAAGAUUUGGGUUUACAAUUGAUUCUGGAAAAUUCCACAAUGUGUCUUUGGGACAAGGUCAGGAGAUGGUUGCAGAAAUAGCACUGGAGAAGGCUUCCAAAGAAGGGCACUGGGUCAUACUCCAAAAUGUCCAUUUGGUAGCCAAGUGGCUAGGAAUGUUGGAGAAACUCCUAGAAAGAUUCGGCCAAGGCAGCCACCAAGAUUACAGGGUUUUCAUGAGUGCUGAGACUGCACCUACACCAAGCGAACAUAUCAUCCCUCAAGGACUCCUGGAAAAUUCCAUUAAGAUCACUAAUGAACCCCCCACAGGAAUGCUGGCCAAUUUGCACGCUGCCCUCGACAACUUUGACCAGGAUACACUUGAAAUGUGCACUAAGGAGCAGGAGUUUAAAAGCAUCCUCUUUUCUCUGUGCUACUUCCAUGCCUGUGUUGCUGGGAGACUGAGGUUUGGCCCCCAGGGCUGGAGCCGAAGCUAUCCUUUCAAUCUUGGAGACCUGACCAUUUGUGCCAAUGUCCUCUACAACUACUUAGAGGCAAACCCUAAUGUCCCAUGGGAAGACCUCCGUUAUCUCUUUGGUGAGAUCAUGUAUGGGGGCCACAUCACGGAUGACUGGGAUCGCAAGCUAUGUCAUGUAUAUUUAGAAGAAUUCAUGAAUCCAUCUCUACACUUUGGGGCCAUGGCGUUUUUGACUCCAAAGGCCAUGGGCAAAUGCACUGGUUUAAGACUCACAGUGAACUGUGAGCUUUUUGUCAUUACCAAGACUACUUGGAGAGGCAGUGGAGGGGCCUUUCGAGGCUACCACCAGUACAUCGAGGAAAUGCUUCCUCCAGAAAGCCCUGCGCUGUACGGCCUCCACCCAAAUGCUGAAAUAGAAUUCCUGACAGUGACAUCCAACACUCUCUUCAGAACUUUGCUGGAGAUGCAGCCCAGGAAUGCACUCAGCAGUGAGGAACUAGGGCAGUCUACAGAAGAAAAGGUUAAGAACGUCUUGGAAGACAUUUUGGAGAAACUUCCAGAAGAAUUCAACAUGGCAGAGAUAAUGCAAAAAAACUCAAAUAGAAGCCCCUACAUUCUUGUUUGCUUCCAAGAAUGUGAGAGGAUGAAUAUUCUCAUUCGGGAAAUCCGCGUAUCACUUCAACAGUUAGACCUUGGUUUGAAGGGGGAGUUGACGUUAUCUCCUGAUGUGGAAGCCCAGCAGUCCGCGUUGAGUUAUAACACGGUACCAGACGCUUGGAGCAAACUGGCUUAUGCAUCUACUUACAGCCUAGCCCAGUGGUUUAAUGACCUUCUCCUGCGAUGCCGAGAACUUGAUACUUGGACACAAGACCUUGCCCUUCCAGCUGUGGUGUGGCUUUCCGGCUUUUUCAACCCACAGUCCUUCUUAACUGCAAUCAUGCAGACCAUGGCUCGAAAAAAUGGAUGGCCACUGGAUAAAAUAUGCUUGACUGUUGACGUUACCAAAAAAACGAAGGAGGAUUACGGCCAUCCCCCACGGGAAGGCGCAUACCUCCACGGGCUCUGGAUGGAAGGUGCCAGAUGGGACACCCAGUCAGGAACAAUCGCUGAUGCCCGCCUCAAGGAGUUAACAUCCAUGAUGCCAGUCAUCUUUGCAAAAGCCAUACCCAUGGACAGACAAGAAACCAAACACACCUAUGAGUGCCCCGUGUACAAAACCAAAAUGAGAGGCCCCAAUUACGUGUGGACGUUCAGGCUGAAGAGCAAAGAGAAGACUGCAAAAUGGGUUCUGGCAGGCGUUGCCCUGCUGCUGGAGGCGUGAGGUGGCCUUCAUGCUGGGACUUGCAUUCCUCCAGCUUAAUGUAACUUUUUAGCAACUUACAGAUAUGUUCAAUUUUUUAAACACUAUGCUUAAAAGUAGAGACGGGGAAGAGAAAGUAGCAAAUGUAAAAAAGAAUCUAUGUUCAUUGAUUCUAGCUUUCCCUAGUACCCCCUUAGAAACCCCUCAACACAAAACAGUACAGCCGCUCUCACAGUUCCAUCACUGAACAUACAAAAUCUCAAAAACAAUGCAGCUGCAAAGGGGAUUUAGUUCUUAUAGAUAUCAAACAGCAAACUCUUUUUAAAUUAAAAAUUAGCCCUUAAAUUCUUUCAGAACAUAGAAGCAGCAGGACCCAGGCAAGUCCUGAAGGCUCUAAGACUUCCAGUGUGUAACAUGAUGGUUCACUUGUGCUCAGUCAAGUUUUAACAAAAAUAAAACUCUAGUCCUCUCAA